AUGUACUCCGUGUUAAUGAACGCGGUGUUGUCCAGCUCUCCUGACUACGACCUCUUGUUUGAGUCUCUCACCUGGCCGGCUGACUCCUGGCCGAGCACGGAGCGACUGGAGGCGCUGACAGCUCUCAUUGAAGGACUAGGACCACUUUUGGUCACGUUUUCACCUGCGAAAAGAACAUCAAUUAAAGCUCAAAUUGAGUCAGUGAUUUGGAAGCAGUGUCUGCCUCUUCUCUGCAGGAUCUCAGCAGCAGAAGCCGGUGAAGAAGCCACCACCAUGCAGCGGUGCAGCAGGGAGAGCACCGCUGCAGCCUGCCGGCUUCUGAGUGUCUGUGUCCGGCUGUGUGACGAGGCUGCACCGGGGCGGGUCGCUCUGCAUGUGCUGCCGUGGCUCCAGCUGUCAGAGGAGGAGGAGGUGGUGUCUGGUGCAGGACGCCUCAGUGUGGAGGUUGCCAGUGAAGUCAUGGCUGCUGUGGUACCUUCUCUGUCAUUGGAUGAACAGCUCAUAUGCACCACAGUGUCUUCUGCCUUGACCUGCAUCAAAACACUCCCUGAUGCUUUAGUCUCUAAAGUCACAGUCAGGCUUCUCUUAACUGUCCUGAAGUGCUGCAGCAGCUGUGCAAGCUUAACAACAAGUAUCCUCAGGUUGAUCCUGGAUGAUCUGUGCAGCUGGCACUCCACUGAGCGCACACCUGUGGUCACAGAGAGGACACUGCUGUGUUUGACCGCCCUGUCAGACCACCUGCUGAAACCUCACAGCCUCUCCUCAUCCUCCUCCUCUUCCUCCUGUGACCCUCGUCUGUCCCUCCAGUUCUGGAGGAUGGUUCAGGAUGGAUUGACCCACAGAGACAGCCUGUCACGUAAGAGGGCGUUGUACCUGCUGAAAAUGUGCGUGGCCCUUUCAGAGGAGGAAGGAGUGGACUGUCCACCUCUCUCUCCAUCAGAGGAAGGUGACAUAUUUUUCAAAUGGACCCCUAACAGGAGCAAGUUGCUGAGAGAGUUCUGGGAGGAUUACGCGCUGGUGAUGGAGACCCUGGAGGAAAACCAGAUUCACGUCGUUCGGCCAGUUCUAAACAGAAUAGACACGUUGAUCCAAACAACAGUGAAUGACAGUCAAGCUUCAGAUCAGGUCUUCUUCCACCCGUCCUGGCUGCUGUGUGUGUACCAGCGGAUGUUCCACAGUGAGAAUAAAUCCUUAAUGAGAGAGGGAGUGUGUCAUCUGCUCCAGCUGCAGGUCCUCCAGCAGCCAGCCUUUGCUCUGGCCUUUUCUCAGUUCAUCGUUGGCCCUUUUAUGGAUGUUCUGUCUGAAACUUCACUCUUCCACAGGUCCGUUGAGCAGAGGGUAGGAGACUGUCCUGAGAUUGGGGCUAAACUCCAAGUCUUCAUGGUCACCUUCUUCAGCAGCCUACCAUCAGAGCAUAGAGGCCGAACGUUGCUGCAGAUGAUUCAGCAGCUGUGCUCUAAGCACUGGUGUGCAGCACCCCUCCUCUUCCUCUCCCAGGCUCUAUCCAAACUGCCCCCAAGUCCACUGCUGGGGGUCGACGGGCUCACUUCUCUCAGGGAGGUGCUGCGCUCCACCAUGAUCACUCAUCAAGUCCUGCUGAGAGGUGCUUCUCAGUGCUUCUUGCUGAACAGCGCCCUCUGUCUCACAGACGUGAGCGCAGUGACCCUCGAUGAUGUUUUUAGUUUCCUGAUGCAUUUCCGUGCAGAUGAGUCGCUGUGUCGAGGGACGCAGAUUUGGAAUCAGACGUGUGCCUGGCUGUCGGACAAUGAAGGCAGUUUCAAGCCCAGGGUUAUGGAUGGAGAUUGCACUGGUGCUGCCACAAAGAAAGAAACUCUGAGAGGCUAUGUUGAAAGCGAGAUGAGCACCUAUCUCCGAGUCCCAGCUAGCACAGGUCACACUGAGAGGUUACCCGACUCCAGAGAGGCCGACAAGCUGGCCAGGGCCAUUCUGCUGUGUGUGGACACGGAGAGGAAUCGACUCGGAGCAGAGAUCGGUAACACUCUGGAGUCGUUGCUGUCUCCGCUGCUGGACACCCUGAGCAGAGUCAGCACCAAUAUGUACUUGCCUCUGCGCAAAAGUGACAAGAGUCUGCAGUUGGUGCUCCAACUGCUCCAGCUUGGAGGAACGCCAAGCUGUCAGCAUGUUGGAGAGGAGCAAGUGGAUAACGUGAUGGUUGCCAUGGAGAGGCUCGUUUUUAAAGUUGUUGAUCCGAUCCAGGAGUUUAUCUUGAGGCGGCUGCUUGGGGAGCUGCAGGAGCUGUUUGAUGUGGAGCGGGCAGAGCUGUAUCUGUGUGUCCUGAGGCAGCUGGUGCUCAUGUACAGUCGCACACCACAGCACCACAGUAAGAUUCAGCAGACCUAUUUCCCUAAACUCGUCAAGUACAGCCUCAAGGUCCUGCAAGAGCCAAACCAGCAGAUCCACUCUGUGGCAAACCAGGUGGCUAGAGCGGUUGCUAUGGCAUCCCUGGCUACGGUAUGUGGUCUCGUGGAGCAGGAAGUGAUUGACAUGCGAUCAGAGACCAUUUCUGCACUGAAAUCACUGAAUGACUACUUCUACAGCCCCGUGUUAUCCUCCUGCCAAAGUCAGCCCUCUCUGGGAAACUUCAAUAAACGCCUGCACAAACCGCUGACAGGAGACGGUUCAAGUGAUGUAGGAGUGCACAGUCCUCUGCUGCAGGACUGGGGACGCAUUGCCGCCGAUUUUAUGCGGGACCAGUGGAUUUGUCUGAGCUUCCUGAUUAAGGCUGUUGGGAUUCCUGAGUCCGUGGAGAUUUCCAGAGUGUCCGAGACUCUCAAAGCUGCUCUGAGCUGCAGCGUGGAGGCCCUGGCUCUGCUGCCCAGUGACCUAGUGCUGCCCGUGCUCGCUUUUAUGGAGACGCUGCUGCCACAAUUACUGCUUCAUGAGGAGGCCCUGUGUGUGGAGGCUGUGACUCUGAGCUGGGAGCUGGUGCAGGGGCUGAGCACCAACGCCAAAGACUUCUGGCCGGCCCUGAAAGGCUUCAUCUCCAUGGCCUUCCACCGUAAACUGCUCGAGCUCACAGACACUUCUGCUCCGACACUUCUGGACACCUUGAAACAGAUUGCCACUGAGCUGAUGGAGCUGUCUCAGUCAAAGAGCGGUGUGUUCGGUGUGCUGCUUCAACACUGCUGUCAGACAUGGCUGCCCGUGGAUCGAGGCAGCAGCGACGACACCGUGUUUUCUAGUGUUUUCAGCCACAUCAACAUUCUCACUGAGGCUUGUGUCUACGGACCAGUGUUCAGGAGAGAUCAACGGCUCAUCCAGGACGUCCAGACAUAUGUGGAGCAGCUCGGUGAAGAGUGUACUGCCAAUGUUGCAGUUACAUGUGAUAACCGGGAUGACCAGUUGCCCCGCACAUGCGUACUGGCUUUCCUCAGCCGCCUGGAUUCCUCUAAACUGCAGCAUGAAAGACUCAUAGAGGAGCUAGUUAUGGAUUUGUUGGAAAAGGAUAAUAACAUAUCGAAGUCGAAAGUGCGUUACUAUAGCAACUCCCUGCAACACCGUGUCAAAAACAGAGUAUGGCAAACACUGCUGCUGUUGCUGCCCAAACUCAAAGAGGAGUUUGUCGCCACUGUGCUGAAUCGUGUGUUUGAAGCUGGAUUCUGCAGCAACCAGGCCUCAGUCAAGUACCUGAUCGAGUGGAUGAUGAUUCUGAUCCUCAUCCAGUAUCCACAGCACAUGGACAGCUUUUGGGCCUGCUUCAACAGGGAUCACGACAAGACCAAGACAAGCAUCUGCACUUUCCUCUCAGUCCUGGUGCAUUUCAAUGUCAUCAUUCCUAAUCUGAAGGAUGAGGAUGUGCAUUUGCGUAAAGCGCUGGACGUCAUCCUCCAGUGGUGUUUCAACCAUAACUUCAGCGUGCGUCUGUAUGCCUUACUGGCCCUGAAGAGGGUGUGGAGCUUGGCGGGAGUCCGGGCAGAGGAAGGGGCCGACGGGUUGGGAGGGCUGUCCACUGUGAUCAAGGCCUGUCUGAACCAGGCUGAGACCAUGCAGAACACCGGGAAUGCCAACAAGAACUGGACGAGGAUUCAGGAGCACUUCUUCUUUGGUGCCUUUCAUCCUAUCAGGGAUUACAGUGCUGAGACCAUAUUCUACAUAUUCCCCAGCCUGUCAGAGUUGAAUGAUGACGAGUGGAUUCCACCCUGGAAGUUUGAGAAACUGUUGUGUUUCUCUGAAAGUCCAUCUUUUCCUUUGAGAAACUCUGCUCCUGACCUGGGCCAGCACCAGCCUGGAGACUGGAUCCAGCAAGACAAAGGGGAGCAGAAUAAGGAGGAGCGCUGGGCCGAGGUGCAGAAGAAGAUCACUCCCUGGAGGUUGGGGAUCCAGGAGCAAGAGCCCGAACUUCAGCUGGUUCCACAGCAGAGGGCUGCUCGACUGGGCAAAUUGCACGGCGCCCUGCUUGUGGUAGCCUCACUUAUCGACAAGCCCACCAAUCUAGGAGGUCUGUGCAGGACCUGUGAGAUCUUUGGUGCCAGCGCUCUGGUUCUGGACAGCCUCCGCCACGUCAGCGACAAACACUUUCAGUCCCUGAGCGUCUCGUCUGAGCUGUGGCUUCCUCUGUUAGAGGUGAAGCCGAUGGAGCUCGCUGACUUCCUGCAGGUAAAGAAGAGUGAAGGGUACUGUAUUGUUGGAGUGGAGCAGACGGCCAACAGUCAGAGCCUCCAAGACUACCAGUUCCCUGAGAAGACUCUGCUACUUCUGGGCAAUGAACGAGAAGGUAUCCCUGCCAAUUUACUCCAGAUGUUCGAUGUGUGCGUGGAGAUCCCUCAACAAGGGGUCACCCGUUCACUCAACGUGCACGUGAGCGCCGCUUUGCUGAUUUGGGAAUAUACGCGGCAACAUCUCACAUCUGGCUCAGCCGAAGUCAACGCAAAAACUGAAAACUGAAGCAGAAACCGGCAGCGCAGCCUCAUGGAUGUGACAUCUGACCUCCAGAUGUUGACCCUACUUGCUCCUCUCAAGUGUGAAAAGCAUCUUGGGGGGACACGAAGACACACUAAUUAGAUUUUCAUGUUCUGUCUGGAGUGGACUUAAUUCUAUGAGGUUUUAAUGUGGUCAGCAGUCAUCGUUGCUGCUCUUUUGCCUUAAUGAGAGUCAUGAAUAGACAUCGGCUCUGGUUAUUACAUCUAAAUAUUCCACUGGGCAUGCUGUUAUAUUAAUGGAGGCAAUCUCAGUGUUGGCAGAGCAGGAGCGUUAAUGGAAAUUUACCCCUUUGAGGGGAAAGUGUCUUGUUUAUGUGAGCAAUUAGUUUUUUCCUCAUGGCACCAGGACUAGACUAUAAUAUCCAUACCCAGGAAACUAUUAUACAUAGUGUAUAAAUGCUGCUCAUGUUAAGGCAUAACUGUCAGUAUUCCCAAUGUUUUUAUUGCAGUGUGUGAUUUUUAAAGUCUUUUUUGAUACGGUUGAAUAAAUAAAACUUUGACAGUA